AGGUCACCUGAGGGCGGGGCUCAGGUGGAGGAACGUCAAUGCGGAAGUGAAGAGAAGCGGAAGGAUUAAAAACUUGAAAUCUGAUUUUUUUUUUUCUGCUGCAGAAAAAACAACGAGAACAAUUUCACGAUGGGCCUCUGUGACGGCCUCUCUCACUGUAAAGUGGCUCUGGCCUUCGCAGUGUUGAUGGAUCUACUGGGUGGAGCCGCUCUGCUGGUGGGAGUCUUCGCCAACCUGGAAAUCAAUGGACAGGACUUUGGAGACCUACUGGUUUAUACUGGAGCGUUGUUCGUGCUCAUGUCUCUGGCCGGGUGGGUGUUGUGGUACAGCGGGAACAUCGAUGGCCUGACGUCCAGGAAGGAGCUGGGACACAUCGGCAGCGCUGUCGACCGACUCGCUCGCAACCUCAGCCGCAAGUUCCGCACCUACAGGAGCCACAGCUGAGCGCCCAACAUGAAUACAUUUCUUUUUAAACGACCGGGUGUUCAAUACCUGCGUUUGUCAGUAUUAAGAUGAGAAACAGACCCUGAAUCAAACUGCGUUACAAGCUUGUCACAAACAUUUCAAGUGUAAACGUGUUGCUCUGUUACUAAAUGCCUCAAUGUUUUAUUUUAUCAUGUUUCAUUUUUUUUAAAUGUUUGAAUGAGACUGAAUUCAGCUUCGGUCUGUUAACGGAUUUCAAUAAAACCUUUUUAUUCCUCAGAGAAAAAA